GUUUAAACAUUAACACGCUUUGUGAAAAAAGGGGGUGGGGGUGGGGUGCGUACGCAGCUGGCGUAAUGAGCGUAUAGGGCCGAUCGGCUAUGCCGAUCGACGUCACUGACGUUGUUGCUUUUUAAAAUCAAAAUUGGUGAUAUUCAACUGAAAACUUGUCUAUCAGUCUCUCGGAAACAUUUUCAAGGACGAUGACGAGUCCCAGGAGGCCGAUAAUCCUCAAGAGGAGGAAACAGCCGUUUCAAAGAAACGAAGCCGACGAGACGCAGAACAAAUCUUCUACGGCGUCUGGAGCAGAAUCCGUCUCUGCAUCUGCACAAGACGGCAUCCGCGUUGUGGACCAUCCCACUAGGCCGGAAGCACUAGUGGUCGUUGUACCAGAAACCGCCAGUCUUCAGAGCGUCCUCGAUGCGCUGGAUGCCAAGAGGAAGGAACGUGGUACUCCGGGGCCAAACAAGUUCAUUUUUCUGAGUGGAAGAUGUGGAUCUGAUGAGGAAGUUAAAACUCUGUUCCAGGCCACAUCAGAGAAUAAAAACCUCCUCCGAGAUGAAACAGGUGCAGCUGGAAAUGACCAAACUCUACCAAACAGUGAAUUGCCAGUGACAAGUGCCAGUGACUCUGACAAAGAGAAAUUCGAUGGCUGCGUACAGCUCCAGGAGCCUGCCGUUGAUCCAUCGGCCUCCUCUUUCCCACAAGCCAUGCAAGUCUGUUACCAACAACAACAAAAGCGAGUUGUGGCUGACCCUAAGAACGCUACAGUCUGCACUACAGAGAGGAAAAUGAAGCUUUCUCUGUCCACCCCUCAGCAGACCUCCACUGCUUCCAAUCCCGUCUCCAGAUUAGGGUGCAAGAGGCUUUGCAUUGCUCCUAAGGUCUCCAAUGGUGAAUCCAGUGUGGUGGUGAUGUCUGCCCCGGUUGCUGAAGUAAGGGAAGAAUGUGUGUGUAUACCAUUCAGUGAACCCUGCAGCAGCGAAGAGAAAGAGAUGCUCAGAAUGAGAUACAAGAGAAUCUCACGUCGGAAGCAGUGUCUAGUCCCACUUUCCAACGAGGAGCCUGUUCUGAUCUUUCCUGAAGGCACUUUCUUCGAUUAGCACAGCGUUAUGGAUUUCACCAUGAACUACAACCUAAUAUAUAUUAUCCUUGCUUUAUAUAUCUAAUAUAUAAAUAUCUAUAUAUCUAUAUAUCUAAUAUAUAUAUACUUUCUGAAUUUCAGUUUAUCUCCAUGUACAGUUUUUUUAAAAAAAUUCUAGUUUUGUAAUCUCUACAACGGUGCUUGAUUCUCUAUUUUGAUGCACGGUGAGUCGGACAUGACCGCCAAGUUUCCAUGCAAAAAAAGAAAGAAAAAAAAAAAACUGGACACAUUUCCUAUAUAAGCUGCUCAUGCUGAUUUUCACUGCCAUUGCUUUUUCCACAGAUCCAUGUAUCUCUUUUUUCUCUUACAGAUUUUGUGAAAUUUAAGUGUAUUCAUCACUCCAAGGUGUUUAGUGAAGGAAUGUAUUGAGAAACCGAUUGGUCUGGUUUGCACAACUUAUAAUAUGUAUGUAGAUGUAUUUUAGGUAUUUUAUGAGUACAUAGAUUUAAGCAAAUCCCCAAGUAGACACUACUGCAUGCAAAGUUUUUAACAUUGAUGGAGAAACAAAUGACUUGAUGAAUUGAA